AUGUCUUUCUUUAGGGAAAUCGAACCAAAAACAGAAGCUGAUCCCGAGACGGACGCCAACAAUCUCUUGGAAGCCAUCCGUCCGCGUCCGCUAUUGUCCACCAAUUGCACCGAUUUUGUGUUGGCCCAUUCAAAGGGAGCCCUACGUCCGGUGCGCCAGCUGCCCGAGGUGAUCCUGCUGCCGCACAUCUUGGAGAUGAUGCACAAAUUGCGUUUGAAUCGUUUGCUGCGCGUGCAGAGCCACACAUGGCCCCACCUGAUCGUUGACCGUGGCCACGGUGCCAUGGUUGUGGCUGCACCGCGCAGUGGUCGCACCUUCAGCUAUCUACCGCCUGUCUGCGAUGUGAUUAGUCGCACUAUUAUGGCCACCGUGGACACUGACAAUCUGUUGGGAGCGUUGGCCGUGAUUUUGGUAAAGGACUUGGAGCGAGUGCGCCACGUGAGCGCCGUGUGCCAUGCCUUUUUGCGGAAGCUAAAACACGCUACAACCUAUACGCUCGUACUGAACAUACCCUCUGACAAUAAUCCGGAGUUUUUCCAUUGCCUUUUCAAUGGCGUUGGCUGUUUGGUGGCCACACCUGCCCAGCUGGUCUGGAUGUUCAAGGACAUGGAGAAGUUAAUGAAGUUCGAACACCUGAAGUUCGUUGUCUACGAUGAUAUUGAUCUGAUGGAUCCGAGGCUGUUGACAAAGGCGGAGCUGGUGCUCAAGAAUCUAAUGCUCAUGGAUCACAGCCAUCCGCAGCUGGUGAUGAUCUCCCAGACCUAUGAUCCCGUCCAGAUGGCCCGGCUGAAGCUGCUAAACAGCAAUCCGGUAUUGAUCUUUGGUGACAUGCUGGAGGCAGCUUUGUAUGGAAAGGCGCGCCUACGGAUCGCCAUAUGUCCGCAGCAGAAAAAGUUCAACGAGGUGCUCAAGAUUUUGGAGCAGCGUCCGCCUCAAAAAUAUCGCACGGUGAUCUUUUGCAGUGAUGAUGCGGAUAUGCGACGCCUGGUGGUUCAUCUUCUGGAGGAGAAGGAGCCCUCAUUUAGCUGUUUGCCUUAUUACGAGGAUGCCGACAUGGAGGUGGCUGAGCAGGUUCAAGACUGGCUAGUGGAUACACAAGGCAUCAUCCUUUUGGCCACCGACAACUGCCCGGAGCUAAGCAUCCGGCAUGCCCACACGCUGAUCCACUACAGCAUGAGCCUUAGCUGGGGCAAGUUCAAGAUGCGUCAUCUGGCCAUUUCCGGGAAUCUGGUCAACAGACUGGUUAGCGACUCCUCCACCAGUGAGAAGGGGACCUUCUUACAGCCUCAUUCCUUGAUUCUGCUGGAUGAAUCCAAUCAAAAGCAGCUGCCACGUCUUGUGGACUUUGUGGGCAAGCACCAGCCCGUGGAUGAGGAAAUCAAAGCCCUGGCCAAGAAGAUACGCGAAAAGUUUGCCAAGCUGGAAGCCAAUCAGAAUGUGGUGUGUCGCCAGAUCAUGAUGCUGGGCGAUUGCAUCAAUAAGCAAUGCGAGGAACGUCAUCAUGCUGAUCAUAUGGAUCGACCCCUUGCCACAGUGCCCACCUUGGGUGAUAUCAAGGUAAGCCUGGUGCGUGUCUAUUCGCCCACACAUUUAUGCGUUCAUCUUUUGGAGCAUUUGCCGCCGGGUGAAUCAUGGAAACCCUAUCCAUCUCUACCGGCUCAACAAAUGCGCCUUCAAUUGCUGCAGAGCAACUGCAGCAUGGAACGCUUUUGGCCCCCCAUUGCUGGUACCAUCUGCCUGUAUCGCAAUAAAGCCAUCAAUGUCCGCGUCCGGGUACUCAAGGUGGCGCCCAUUGAGGACGUAAAUAUAUACCUUAACAAUCUAUAUGUCCUGGUCCAGGCCAUGGAUGAGGAUACCCAGAUCUUUAGCGUGCGAAGUGGGCGUCUGUACAAGUGCCCGGAGGAGUUGCAAGCGGAACCGCCCUUGGCCAUUGAUUUGCGUUUGUUUGGUUUGAUUCCCCAAUCCGGGGAACGUGGCUGGUCGGAGAAGGAUCGCCGUGACAUCGAGUACAAGCUGAAGAAUCUGCCCAAUGGAUGCUUCCUGCAGGCCACCAUACAGUUUGCCACCUCUCACACUAUUUUCGUUAGCAAUCUGGUGGCCAUGUUUUAUGCCAGCGCCAUGAAGGUGCAUGUACGCAAGCUGAGCCUUGGCCAGCAUCUCAUCAAAGCCAAGUUGGCCAAAAGCUGUCCGCUGGCAAAGGAUACGAUAUUUACCUUUUUUGAGGAGGUUUUGGAGGUGAAAGAGGAGGGGGAUGACAAGCAGAAGCUGAAGGCAGAGGAGCAGCUGAAGGAGGAGAAUAAUAAUGAAACCAAGGAGAACAAUCCUCCCAAUAAGACAUUUAUACAGGGAAGAGCCUUGAGUGUGAUCCAAAUGGGCUUGGAUCAGGUUAAGCGUAACAUGCUGGCUAGAGAGCGGAAGGUCAAGGAGGCACCAGACGAGGCUGCGAAGGUGGAGCAGGAAGAGAAAGACCCAAAAGACGAGGCUAAGAAGCUGAAGAAGGAAGAGAAGGAGUCCAAGCAGCCGGAGCAGAUACCAAAAGAUCCAGAAGACCAGUCUGCAGAGUCCAAUAAAAGCCUCAACCAGCUCAUUCAAUGCAUCGAAAACAUUAAAAUCAUUGCCAAGCUGGAAGCGGAGGAGGAUGACAACCAUAUGUUCGCUGACACAUUCACUGGAGCAACCAAAUUAAUUGACAUAAUGAAGGGUUAUCCAGAAGUCACUAACGAUAAGCCACAAAAAAGAACCGAAAAGAAAAAAGCCACAAAAGAUUCCAUUUCCAAAUUCACAGUCACUAAGCCACGUGACCCCACCAUGCAGCUUCAACUCCCCUCGAAUGUGGUGCGUCCGCCCACCAACUACUAUCAAACUCUGACCACCUUGGAGCUUCAAGUGCUCCUGCCCGAUGAGGGUUACAAGUACUCCGCCCUGCUGAUUGACAAUCAAGUCUUGUUCCAGGCCACUCAUCCAUCCUUGGAACUUUGCCAUCAAUUCCAGUUGCCGUUGGGCGUGGCAUAUAGCUACCUAAAGGAUUACAUGCGCGGCCGUACGGUGUACAUGAGCGUCAAGAAAACUGUGGCCAUGCCUGAUCCUCUGAACUUUGAUCUUUACCAACGUUUCCUGAAGCCCAAUCACGAGAAGUUUGGCAAGAUGGAUGAGCAGCGUGAGGAGCAAGAAAAGAAGCCUAGAAAGGCUGUGCCAUUCAAGGAUGUGGGAUGGCAUAACGAGUAUCAGGAGAUCGAAGAUAGUGCCGACGAGGACCAUCAUGUGGAUGGGAUCGAGCGUGUAGAACACGAUCUAUACGAUGAAGACUAA